AAGAUUUAGAUUCUUCAAACUCAAUGAUUCAACAUCAAUUGAUGAUGAUCUUUUAUCAAACGUUAAAUUGGACUCUGAUGUUGAAGCAAAUGGUGUAGAUGAAGGUGAUAUCAAUGAUAAUAAUGACAGUGCUGACCCUGAAGCUUCUCAAAAAACAAUGUCACACAUGUACGCUGGUCAUAGAUUUUAUCAUGCUUGUUAUCCUGAUAGACUUGUUACAGUUAUGUCAUGA